AACAAGCAUUAGGUGGACGAGUUCGAAUCUUGUUAUCAGGAGCUGCUCCUUUGCCUAGACAUGUUGAGGAGUUUAUGAGGGCCACUAGUGGAUCUACAUUAUCACAAGGAUAUGGUCUUACUGAAAGCUGUGCUGGGUGUUUCACAGCAAUAGAGUAAUAUCCACCGGGGAAGAAUAUAUGAAAUAGCAUCUGUUUAGUUGAUUCAAAUGCAAAUGUUAAUGCCAGUGCUGCCAUGUCUUCCAAUCAAUCAUCUUCUGGGUCUGCUGGUGUUAAGGAGAAUGCAAGCGAGGUGGUGAUUGUGGAUGAUGAUAAAGAGGAAGGAGAGUUGGAGGAGGGUGAGAUUGAUGAUGAUGGCGCUGACCCUGAAGCAUCAGUAACAGAGAGGGUUCAGAGUGUUGCUGAAUGUGGUGUAGUUGCUUCAGAUACUGAUUCCACAUCUCAUAAGCUCAGUGUUAGGGAGGUUCUGGAGGGUGUUACAGUUGCUAAUGUGGAGGAAUCCUUUGAGGGGACUUGCUCUACUCAUGGUGCCAUCAGAAAUGAUUUCACUGACUUGACCUCCCCUCAUACUUGGUAUCCACCGGCCAGAAGGAAACAUCGCAGGAUUAUCCUGCAUGUUGGUCCCACAAAUAGUGGUAAAACGCAUUAGGCGUUGAAGCAACUUGAGUCAAGUGAUUCUGGUAACUCCAUUUUUACAGUGUAGGAUGAUAGCCAAGAAAGAGGGAGGAUAAGAGCUUUGUAAAUGGGUUAAGUAUUUUUGCACUAUGCAGGUUUUCCAGUUUUGU